AUGUCUUUGAGUUGUCAGGGGCAGCUGGGACUGGACGAAGAUCCUGGCAGCAGUGCCAGCAUGGCUGAGCAGGACCCAGCCCCAGGCUGCCUGCAUGGAAAGAAGCAGCUGCCAGCUUUCACCUGGGAGGUGAGGGCCAACGACCGAAACUACCACAUGCAAUUCAAGAAGAAAUUUGCCUUCUGUCUGACCAAGAAGAAAUAUGCGGGCAACGCUAUUAAGACAGCCAAGUACAACAUCUUUACCUUCCUGCCGCUGAACCUCUAUGAGCAGUUCCACCGAAUGGCCAACGUCUACUUUGUCUUUGUCAUCCUUUUACAGACCUUCCCUGAGAUCUCCACGUUGCCCUGGUACACUCUGCUGUUCCCCCUGAGCUGCCUUCUCACCAUCCGGGGUCUACGAGACCUGAUUGAUGACAUUGGCCGUCACCAAAGUGACAGAAACAUCAACAGCAGGCCAUGUGAAAUCCUGUCUGGGAAGAGCUUCCGCUGGCAAAAAUGGCGCGACAUCUGCGUCGGGGACAUCGUCCGCCUGCGUAAGGAGAGCUUGGUCCCGGCCGAUAUGCUCUUGCUGUGCAGCUCGGAGCCCAGCAGCCUGUGCUACGUGGAGACUGCCGACAUUGAUGGGGAAACAAACCUGAAGUUCAGACAAGCCCUUCUGGCCACCCACCAGGAGCUGGUGAGCGAGGAGAGCAUGGCUGCCUUUGAUGGGAGAGUGACCUGCGAGGAGCCCAACAGCCGCAUGCACAGCUUCACCGGCACGCUGGAGUGGAGGGGCGAGACCUACUCGCUCGACAGCGAAAGGAUCUUGCUGCGAGGCUGCAAGCUUCGCAACACCGACGUUUGCUACGGCUUGGUUAUCUACGCAGGAUUUGAUUCCAAAAUUAUGAGGAACUGUGGAAAGAUCAAGCGGAAGAAAACCAAGCUGGACCGCAUGAUGGACCGGCUGGUGAUCAUAAUCUUCCUGGUGCUGUUGGUCACGUCGCUGGGCCUCGCCGUUGCCUCUGGGUUCUGGGCCAGGAUGUUCCAGGAGAAGCACAGCUACCUCUCUGCUCUCUACAAACACACAACUCCUGCCCAGCAGGCCUUCUUCAACUUCUGGGGCUUCACGAUCCUCCUGAGCAUCAUCAUACCCAUGUCCAUGUAUAUAACGUUUGAAUUCAUCUAUCUGGUGAACAGCUUUUUUAUCAACUGGGAUCUGGGAAUGUAUUACGCUGUCAAGGACAUUCCAGCAAAAGCCAGAAGCACCAGCCUCAAUGAUCAGCUCGGCCAGAUCGAAUAUAUCUUCUCGGACAAGACUGGCACCUUGACACAAAAUGUUAUGAGCUUCAAGAAGUGCUGCAUCAAUGGGACCAUCUAUGGUACAGGCACAGACUGUGAGAACAAGCAACCAUCGGGGUCGGGGUUGACCUGGAGCCACCGUGGGGAGAAGAAGUUGGACUUUUGCGAUUCAACGCUGCUGGAAGCUGCCCGGCGGGACAGCGACCCCGUGCUGAGGGAGUUCCUGAGGCUGCUGGCCCUCUGCCACACCGUCAUGGUGGAGGAGAAGGGUGACCAGCUGGUUUAUCAGGCAGCUUCACCAGAUGAAGAAGCGCUGGUGCUGGCAGCCAGGAACUUGGGGUACGUCUUUCUGGCCCGAACGCAAGACACCAUCACCAUCAGCGAGCUGGGGGUGAAGAGGACGUACAAAGUGCUGGCCAUGUUGGACUUCAACAGCGAUCGCAAGAGGAUGUCUGUCCUGGUGCGAGACCCCCAGGGCACAAUCCGGCUCUACACCAAGGGGGCUGACACCGUCAUCCUGGAGAGACUGCAGCGGCGAGGGCCCAAUGAGACCUUCACUGAGAUGGCGCUGGAUCGCUUUGCAGAGGAGACACUGAGGACUUUGUGCCUGGCCAGCAAGGAGGUGAGCGAGGUCGAGUACAGCGUAUGGAGCAGGAGGUACCACGAGGCCAGCAUCCUGCUGCAGGACCGCGCACAGGAGCUGGACAAGCUGUAUGAGGAGAUGGAGCAGAACCUGCAGCUGCUUGGGGCCACGGCCAUCGAGGACAAGUUGCAAGAUGGAGUCCCUGAGACCAUCCAGCUGCUGAAACUGGGCAACAUUAAAGUGUGGGUGCUAACGGGAGAUAAACAAGAGACCGCAAUGAACAUUGGCUACGCGUGCAAGCUGCUGACGGGCGACAUGGAGAUCCUGGAGGAGAAGGAGAUCAGCGAGAUCCUCAAGGUUUAUUGGGUGAGCAACAACAACCUCAGCGGCAGCGGGGAAGCCCUGUGCAGCGGCCGCCUCUCCCAGCAGCGCCCAGAGGCUUCGUGCCACAAGAAGAGAGCUCUCAUCAUCAGUGGGGACUUCCUGGACAAAAUCCUCCACACGGGAGAGGUGCUGAAGGAGAAGGGGCGGCUGUGGCGGCGGCUGGCUUGUUUCAAGACUACAGGCUCACAGGAGCAGGGCAGCCUGGUGGAGAAGGCCUUUGUGGACUUGGCCACCAGCUGCCAGGCAGUGAUCUGCUGCAGGGUGACCCCCAAGCAGAAAGCCCUCAUCGUGCAGCUGGUUAAGAAGCACAAGAAGGCCACCACACUGGCUAUUGGGGACGGCGCCAAUGAUGUCAACAUGAUCAAAACCGCUGACAUCGGGGUGGGCAUCAGCGGGCUGGAGGGCAUGCAAGCCGUGCAGUGCAGCGACUACGCCCUGGCGCAGUUCUCCUACCUCCAGCGGCUCCUGCUCAUCCACGGCCGCUGGGCGUAUCUCCGCAUCUGCAAGUUCCUCCGCUACUUCUUCUACAAGACCUUUGCUGGCCUCAUGGCCCAGGUCUGGUUCGCUUUCCACAGCGGAUUCACAGCUCAGCCUCUGUACGAGGGCUGGUUCCUUGCACUCUACAACAUUUUCUAUACUGCCUACCCCGUGCUGUCUGUGGGCCUUCUGGAGCAGGAUGUGAGUGCCAAGAAGAGCCUGGAGUUCCCUGAGCUUUAUGUGGUUGGGCAGCAAGAUGAGCUCUUCAACUACCGCGUUUUUGGUGUCACCCUGCUGCACGGGGUCAGCACCUCACUCGCCAGCUUCUACAUCACACUCUGGGCCUUCGAGGACCGCGUUGGCAGCAAGGCUGUUGGCGACUACGAGUCCUUCGCCGUCACGGUGGCCACGUCAGCGCUGCUAUCGGUCCUCAUAGAGAUCGUCCUGGACACCAAGUUCUGGACGGCAUUGUCCUUCCUGAUGGUCACAGCCAGUCUGCUGCUCUUCUGCCUCUUUUCCUUCCUGACCCAAAGCAUUGAUGCCUUCAGGGUAGCCCCUGCCAUCUUCUGCUUCCCAGAUGCCAGCCAGAAUGCCCUGACUGACCCCUACGUCCUGCUCGUGGUCCUGCUGUCCCUGGUUGUGAACACCAUCCCCUCGCUCACCAUCCACGUGUACCGCACCAUCACAGGCAAAACUGCCGCGCAGAAGAUCCGCUUGAAGGCCAAGCGGGAGCCGGAGCCCUUGGUGGAGCUGCGUGCCCACGUCCCUCGCGGCUCCUUCCACCGCCGCUCCAGCUACGCCUUCUCCCACCAGGAGGGCUACGCCGGCCUCAUCACCCGCGGGGACAGCCUGCGUGCCGGGACCACCCGCAGCACCGCCCCAGGAGCCUGUAAAACCGUGAAAACCACCAACCUCUGCCACCACGCUCGGCCCCUCGCCCUACGAGAUCCUGGCUGGCACCCCAGCCGGAGCCCCCUUGGAGCCAGGGCCUCCUCCUGCUCGAGACUGAUCUCGCUCCAGGCUGGACCCACAAACAGCAAUUCUGCUGUCCCAGGGCUUAUUAUUCCACCUCUGAAUUAAUAAGAUGCCCUGACGCAAGACCAGCAGUGGGGCCGGGUGGUGAGUGCAGCCCCUCAGCCCCGCUCACCCGCUCCCACGCCGGGGGCUGACCUGCAGCGGCUGCAUGAAGAUCCUCAUCUGGUUUUCCCGCGGCUGCGAGGAGUGCAGGGCAGAGCCAGCACCAUCCCCACUCAGGGCUGGAUCCAGUGCCCACAGCUUUCAUACGCGUCGCCCCAACCCAGAUCAGACCCCAGCACCGUAGUUUUAAAAUGCCCCCCUCUUUCCUGGAGCAGGACCUAGGUAGCAUUGAUUAGCUGCAGGUUUUUCUUCUUCAACCAAACCAGCCCAGCUUCUUGCAGCCUUCAUUGCUCCCCACCGUCUCUACCUCCUUGUCUUUGCCAUCCCUGCACGAGGGGCACGUGGUGGUGGCGUCUACUAUGUGCCAUGUCCUGUCUCCGCAGCGGCCGUGUCCCACUGCCCCCAGGACUGAUGUCCCCAUCUUUGGGGACAGCUGGUAGCCACAGGCUGUUUGCUGCAAAGCCCUGAAAAGUACUUUUGGGGGACAUCAGCGGUGGCUGCUGGAGAAGCUGUCGGUGAACAACUGACUGGUGAUCAGAUCAUCCUUUUUAUUGUUUUUAUUUUUUAAUUAAAAGGACUUCAGCUUUUCUCUCCUCCCCUGUAAAUCUCUGCUAUGCUACCAAGGGAGAAA